UUCCCCAUCCCCGGUCUCGGGCUGCCGCGCAUGCGCAGUGGCGCGGGCCGCCCGGGUCGCUUGGCGGGAGCGAUGGCGGCCGCGACCGGCGGCGACUCGGACGGCGACAGCGAGGAGCUGGUGCUGACCCCGGCACAGCUGAUCCACAGCCUGGAGCAGGCCUGGCUGAAUGAGAAAUUUGCUCCGGAGCUGCUGGAGAGUAAACCUGAAAUCAUCGAGUGCGUUGUGGAGCAGCUGGACCAUAUGGAAGCAAACCUGAAACGGGCGAAGAGAGGAGACCUGAAGGUCAGCGUUCAUCACAUGGAGAUCGAAAGGAUCCGUUUUGUGCUCAGCAGCUACUUGAGGUGUCGGCUGGUGAAGAUAGAGAAGUUUUUUCCCCACAUCCUGGAGAAGGAGAAGUCUCGAGCUGAAGGGGAGCCCUCCAUUUUAUCACCAGAGGAGUUUGCUUUUGCUAAAGAGUACAUGGCAAACACAGAGGCUUACCUGAAAAAUGUGGCCCUGAAACACAUGCCACCUAACCUGCAGAAAGUGUCUCUCCUAAAGUCAGUUCCAAAGCCCAACCUGGACUCCUUUGUGUUUCUGAGGGUGCUGGAGCGGCAGGAGAACAUCCUAGUGGAGCCAGAGACAGAUGAGCAGAGGGAAUAUGCCAUCGACCUGGAGGAGGGCUCGCAGCACCUGAUCCGCUACAGAACCGUGGCCCCUCUGGUGGCCUCGGGAGCUGUGCAGCUCAUCUGAGGGGACAGGUAAGC